AAUCAGUGACAGCAGACACUUCAUGUUUCAGAAUCACAGCCUUCAGCAAAGGCACCUCCAGAAUCGCAGCUCCCCUUUUGCAAUGCGCCUGCCAACGUCCUAUGCCACCGUUCCGUUGCACAAGCUGGUGCGUUUCAUCAAGUAAAAGAGACGUCAAAGAUACCUUAUCCUCGUAAGCUACGGUCUCCCUUUUUUUGUCACACUAAAAGCUCUUGUGCCACGCACCAUGCGAUGAUUGUAUUGAGACCAUGUGCAAAGAAUUUCAGCAAGUAGGUGGUGCUUCGCACAUGCCCAUAAGUUGGAGCUUUAGCUGAGGAGACACUAAGUACGCUUAACGGGCUGUGUGCACGUAUGGUUCAGUAGGUCGCUGUCUACCGUACGGUCUGCUGCAAGCCCAAAGCAAGGAAACUUGGGCCCUCAAUGAGUACAAUUACUCAUAAUUGGCGGAAGAGAAGUGGUAAUGAGAUUACGUGUUUUAUGGCACAGGAGAAUGUGAAUCCGGAUUUUUGAGAACAAAGCGCAACAUCACUUGCAAGAAAGGGUUGUUCUUGUUCAAAGUCCUUGGAAGGGACAGAAAGUGGGCAAAGGUUCUCGUGUGAACACCAAAGCUUACUCUGCAAGGCACAAGUGAAAGCUCUAAGGCAAGGCUCGGGUCUAGGUUCUAGUGAAGGCUCUAGUGAAGGCUUUAGUGCGAAUAGGCGUCAUCAGCCAUGGCGGAGGAGAGCAACACGUCUGAGCUGCUGGAGAAGCUCUCCUCCAACUCCAAUUCCAACACAAAGAUGCGGCUGCUGGAGGCGCGCAUGAUGGGGCACCCGUCGCCUGUUGAGACCAGCAAGGGGUCUCCCACUGUCAAAGAUCUGAGCACCAUGUGGGAAGGCGCGGCUGGGCAGCAGUCACCUGCCAGGGUUGAUGAAGCGUCCACCAAUUCUGAUUCCGAGGAGGAUGCCGCCGAACAGUUCUCUAUCCAUGAGGCCAACCCGCGAAAGCGGAAGAGCUUUGACAAUGCGGAAGAGACACCAAGCGAGUUCUCUCACAAGCACAAGCUGAGGCUAUCGGAGCCUCAGGCUCAGGUCAAGGUAGGCACCAAGAGGGGAAGGUCCGCUGCCAGCAACGGCGCUAAGAAGGGGCCCAAAGUUCCGGGGGCCUCCUCGCCCCUCAUCCGAAACAUGUCGGGGACGGACAAGGGCGCCAACAAGCGGAGUGGCACGAUCAACAACUACUUCCUUCCGGUUGAGGACAUGAAUGGUGAAGUGCCACAGCUUCGACGGAGGCAGUCAAUCGAACAGGAGGUCCAAACGGAGGUUCGGUUCCAUGAGAUGGAGACGAAGCUGAAGGAAAAGUGUUUCCAGCUCGAGGCAGACCUGACGACGGCUGCCGCUUCAAGCCGGAGCUUGGAGGAGGAGCUGGCGCGAGUAAGGGAGGGGGCCGAGGAGGCGGAGCGCGCAAACAACCGCCUGCAGAAUGAGUUGAGGGAACUUAAAGAGCGGGAGGCAAACAGGGAGAAGAAGCGACUCAAGCUGGUGUCGGACCUGCUGAUCGACGCAGCCCGGGGGGAGCGUUUGGAAGCACGGCAACGGUUGCGAGAGGACUCCGUGCGACUGGGGGACGUCAAAUGGAUCAGGGCGGGUACUGUGAUUACGGAGGUCUGGCAGGACGGGCAGGUGUUCAAGGACCUGUCCGCGCGCCAGCUGGCGAUCGUGGAGCAGCGCGCGCAGAUUGAGGCGCGCAGGAAGCAGCUCAAGAAGAAAGAGAAGGGCUCUCCGGACGCGGACGGCGCGAGCACGAGCGCGUCCGAGGACGAGGUGCUGGCCACGGAGGAGAUCUACAAGCUGCGCCUGCUCGCGCUCAAAAAGGACGAAGACGGUGUUCUACGGGACCAGGAGCGGUUCAAGUCGGAGAAGAGCAGCCACAUCCGGGAGAUGAAGCGGAUCCGCGACGAGGACGCGUCGCGCUUCAACCACUUCCAGAUCCUGAACAAGCGCUACGCGCUGCUCAACCUGCUCGGGAAGGGCGGCUUCAGCGAGGUCUACAAGGCGUUCGACCUGAUCGAGUACCGGCACGUGGCGUGCAAGCUGCACCAGCUGAACCCUGCGUGGAGCGAGGAGAAGAAGCAGAGCUACGUGCGGCACGCGAUCCGCGAGUACGAGAUCCACAAGAAGCUGGACCACGCGCGCAUCGUGCGACUGCUCGGCAUCUUCGAGAUCGACAACAACACCUUCUGCACCGUCCUCGAGUACUGCGACGGCAAGGACUUGGACUCCGUUCUCAAGGCGACGCCGUUCCUGCCCGAGCGCGAGGCGCGCUGCCUGGCAGUCCAGAUCUUCGCCGGGUUAGCGUAUCUUAACCAGCCACAGCACCGGGUUAUCCACUACGACCUGAAGCCGGGGAACAUCCUGUUUGACGCCAUGGGCGAGGUUAAGAUAACUGACUUUGGGUUAAGCAAGAUCAUGGAGGAUGAGGGGGCCAGCCAGGGGAUGGAGCUGACGUCACAGGGCGCGGGGACGUACUGGUAUCUUCCCCCCGAGUGCUUCGAGCGCGGCACGCAGCCCCCUCUGAUCUCCUCCAAGGUGGACGUGUGGGCCGCGGGCGUGAUCUUGUACCAGAUGCUGUACGGAAAACGGCCGUUCGGCGACGACCAAUCGCAGGAGGCCAUGCUGCGCAAUGACACCAUCCUGCGCGCGCCCCCUGUGGAGUUCCCGACCAAGCCCGCGGUGUCAAGCGAGGCUAAGGACUUCAUUCGGCGGUGCUUGACUUUCAAGCAACAGGACCGACCGGACGUCUUGACUGCGGUACAAGACCCAUACCUUUCAUACACGAAACGAAAAGGUUGAGAGUUACGAAGGCCCCAACUGACGACUCUGGUCGCUCAGAUGUAUCAGGAGUUGGAGGUUCGAGUUGAAGCAUACUUCAUUGCACAGCUGUACAAUUGCUUUAAGUAAUAGUCAGGGAUCGCCGGUAGGAAAAGCGUGCUUGUGUUCCUGUCCUGUCGUCCCUUGUAUGCAGUCUUGGUGCGCAAAUCCAUUGGCUUGAGAUUCUGAAUUAACAGCUCCUUGAAGAAGGUCUCCUUUAAAGAGCGCAGCCUUCAC